AGCAGAUCCUUUGAUAAUACAAAUGGCAGAUUUACCAGUGACAUACGAUGAAAAGGAAAGAAUUUGGAGUGGAGGAGAGUUCUCGAACUCUCUGUACAAGGAGGACUUGUCUUUGGGUACAAUAGUAUUUAAUACCCUAAGGAAUUCGCCCAAGAAUGUGUGCCAAAUAUGCGAUGCCGACGGAGUAUCGCUCACUUUUGAACAAACUCUCACAUGGGCUAUUCGAUUGGCCCAGUUUUUUAAGAGGAAGGGUCUGAACCACGAAAAUGUUAUUGGAAUCGCGGCAUUAAACUCAACUUAUAUACAACCUCUUGGAGUUGGCUGUCUGUUAAACGGAACACCCUUUCAUGCGAUGAAUCCAGCCUUGGAUGAAGGCACCACUAGCGCACUUUGCUUGAAGACCAAACCUGCCGUAAUAUUUUGUGAUGACAAUGUAUAUGAGAAGGUUAGAUCAGCAUCGAUUAAUUGGGAACCGGAAAUCUAUACGAUCACCGGAAAAGUUGAGGGAGUGCCAAGCAUUGAAGUCCUACUAGACCCCACAGAGACGGAAAAAAACUACCAACCGGAACCUUUGGUUAAAAUCGGAGGUCAGACCGUGGCCAUUCUGUGCUCCUCGGGAACAACUGGAUUACCAAAAACCAUUUGCGUUUCAGACAGAACUCUACUAUCUCCAAUUAAUUACAGUAGCGAUCUUGUUUUCUAUACGCCGAGCGGUCUGGAUUGGUUAACGGGCCUUUUGGUCUUUAUCGUUAGCAUUACCUGUGGGAGUACCGUUAUCAGGAGCAACAAGCCGGUCACACCCCAGUAUUUUGUUCACUUGGUAAAGAAGUACAAGAUCAGUGUAGCACUCGGGCCUCCGCCUCUAAUUUCGGAUCUGGUAUCUUGCCCAGAAGUCACGGCGGAAGCGAUGGAAUCCGUUAGAAACUUGGGCUAUGCCGGAGCUUCUAUUUCCUUGGCCACUCUGCAGCGAGCUCGAAAAAUAUUCAGAAAGGCAAUGAUAUCUUCUACUUAUGCACUAACGGAAUGCGGAAUUGUAACCAGGAACUUGACAAACAGCAAAAUAUCCUCUGUUGGCAGACCUUAUCAGGGCAUGAAGGUCCGUAUUGUGGAUGAGUUGGGCCAAAACCUGAGUCAUAAUGAAGUGGGAGAGAUUUAUGCCUAUUCGGGGCUGUCCUGGGGUGGUUUCUACGGAGAUCCCGAAGCGGCAAGUCACUUCCAGGACUCGGAGGGCUGGUUCCACACCGGUGAUCUGGGCAAUUUCGAUAGUGAGAACUUUUUGUACAUCGUAGAUCGCAAAAAGGAGGUUCUCAAGCACCAUGGUCUUCAGUACUGGACCCCCGAGAUCGAGGACGUUAUUGCGGAGCUUCCUCAAGUGCGCGAUGUGUGUGUUAUGGGCAUUUACAAUGAAGAUGUGGGCGAUGAGGCUGGAGCCUUGGUGGUGAUAAACGAAGGAUCCUCCAUAACUACCAAGGAGAUUCAGGAUCAUGUGGCUAAACGGUUGCCUGUAAUCCGGAAACAACUUCAUGCCGGCGUUCAGUUCACCAAAAAGUUGCCAACAAAUCUAAAUGGGAAAACAUUGAGGAAGGCAGCUCGUGAAGAAUUUUUAGCCAAAAAACAGCUGGAGAGUGCUCAAUUGUAA